AUGGAAGAUGAAAUGAUAAAUAUUGAAGACACAACAAAUGUUGUAGUUAUAGAGUCCCAAGUGAAUCAAUGGAAACCAAGGUUUAAGAUGGAGUUUGAUAAGGAACAAGAGGCAUACGAAUUUUAUAAUGCAUAUGGGGGUAGAGUUGGAUUUAGCAUCUGGAGGGAGUAUUUUAAUAAUAGCCGUAAAACAGGGAAACUUUUAACGAGGUUGUUUACUUGUUGCAAGGAGGGUGUUAGGAAGAAGGAUAGAAGGGGCAAACAUACAAAGACUCCGCGAGCUGAAAUAAGAACUGGUUGUGGUGCACGAAUGCAUAUUAAAUAUGAUGAAGCAAAAGGAAACAUCCAGGCCAUUGAUGUGGACUUGGCUUCAGAUUCAGGAAUUGCAGCUCGUAAUUCAUAUGAGUUAAUGGCAAGGCAAGCUGGUUGUAAAGAAUCAGUUGGAUACAUUAAGCAGGACCAACAAAAUUAUAUAAGGACCUGCAGACAGAAUGAGCUUCAAUAUGGUGAGGAAGCAUGGCUCACCAAUUAUUUUGUCACUCAUGCUUGUGAUGAUCCUUCAUUUUUCUAUGCCUUACAGUUGGAUGCUGAACAGAUGAUAACCAAUAUAUUUUGGGCAGAUCCUAAAAUGAUAACUGAUUAUGGCCAUUUUGGAAAUGUUGUAACUUUUGACACUACAUACAAACUUGUACAUAGCAACCGUCCCUUUGCAUUGUUUUUAGGUGUUAAUCAACACCGGGAGACGGCUGUAUUCGGGGCAGCCCUUAUGUAUGAUGAGACAGCAGAUUCUUUUGUGUGGUUAUUUAAUACUUUUUUGAAAACGAUGUCCGGAAAGACACCAAAGACAAUUUUGACUGAUCAAGAUGCAGCAAUGGCGAAGGCUUUGGUGCAGGUCAUGCCUGGUACAAAACAUCAUCUAUGUACGUGGCAUCUAAUGCAAAAUGCACAAAAGCAGGUUGGGUUCUUGUUUAAACGUGAUGAACGCAUAAAAAAUGUGAUAUCUAAAUUAAUGUUCGAAAUUGAGGAGGAGAAACAAUUUAUGUCAGAAUGGGAUUCAAUGCUAAGGGUGUAUGAUCUUGUUGGCAACACAUGGCUUGAGCAUUUGUUUAGCUUGAGACAUAGAUGGGUUAUGGCAUUCAUUAAAUAUACGUGGUGUGCGGGAAUGCGCACUAUGCAAUUGAGUGAAAGUUUUAAUGCUCGCUUGAAGGAAUACUUAUGGAGGCAACUCAUUCUUCCUGAUUUCUUCACCCAUUUUAAUAGGCUGUUGUCGGAUAAGCGUUACAAGGAGUAUGAAGCCGAGUACCGUUUGCUGCAGAGGCUUCCGCAAGUUAAAUCAAAGUGUGAUAUGUUACUUAAAGCGGGGGAGACAUACACAAAAGUUAUAUUUCAGCUUUUCCAGGAAGAGUUUUUAAUAGCUUGUGUGAGUGAUUGUUAA